AUGGACGAGGGCUACGCCAGCCUCCCCACCAGCCACCUCCUCGGCUCCGUCCCCGCUGUGGUUGUGGCUCCCGAUGAGAGGAAGCCCGGUGCCCCGGCCGAAGUUGGAAAUGCCGCUGCCACCUCGCGCCUGCAGCAGUUUCCGCCUGCUCCUGCUGCCAACGGAGGAGGUUACCAGCCUCCAGGGAGUCCUCUAGGUGGAGAUGUAGAAACACAGACAAACUGGAAAGGAUACUUCAAUGUUGCCUCUUAUACUCCAUAUUUCAAUGUUGAUACUGAUGUCGUUGUUGACAGACUUAUCAGUUCAGUUUAUCCAAUGGAGGGAUUUUUCAGGAAGAUAGAUGCUAAUCCUGACAUGUAUGGGCCCUUAUGGAUUACCACUACACUGAUAUUCAUGCUGGCUGCAUUCGGAAACUUUGCCACUUAUCUAAUGCAAAGGAAAAGUGAUCUGAACAUAUGGAACUUUGAUGUUAGCUAUUUCAGUUUGGCGGCAUCAGUCAUGUACGGUUAUGCUAUCGUGGUACCUGCUGCAUUCUUUUUCCUGUUUCAGUACUUUGGAUCACGCCCAAGCCUUAUCCGGUUUUGGUGUAUGUGGGGCUAUUCUCUGUUUAUCUUCGUACCAGCAUCUAUACUGCUACUUAUUCCUGUGGAAUUUCUUCGCUGGGUCAUCAUAGCUGGUGCUGGUGGUGCAUCAUCUUGGUUCAUCUUUUUAAACUUGAAGGAAUGCACCGAAGGAGCUGAUAUGAUGGCUUUGAUCGCAAGUGCAUCAGUGCUGCAGUUUGCUCUGGCACUGUUCAUCAAAGUUUUCUUUUUUGCCUGA